AUGCCGAUGAGACUCCGCUCAGGCAAAACACUUGGAUCAGCCGCGCCUGCAGAGAUGACCACCGCGAAACUUCACGAGUCAGUACGUUGCGCCUUUCCGUUUCUGAAACUCCCACCGGAGUUGUGCGUUCGCAUAUUGAAGUAUUUGCUGGAGGAUCCACGAGAACUCAGAUAUUAUGGCGAUGCUCGCCGUAUCUGCCGUUCAAUAAGGGAUAUGGUGGAUAAAAACGGAAGCAUCAUUGGAAUGCGAGCGAAGAGACUGAUCAUUGGGCAACAUACCUCGUUUGAUCGUUUUUCGAGACGCUUUGUAGUGCCGAAACUUGUUACAUUUAAUUGGGUUACUCUCAAUCGUAUAGUCAGGAGUUUGCGAGAGAAUCACGGACAACACUUUGCGAUGAUCUUUUUUGGCGUUAAUUUCAUUGGCCAAGCAAAUUUGAUGAUUGAACUUUUGAAACUUGCACGUACUGUUUAUCUGGUCAUGAUCGACUGUCGAAUUCCUGGAGACUUCGUGAUAUCUUUGAGAAACAUGUUUGGGCGGCGCCAUCUCCUCGAAUGGUUACGAUAUUAUUUUGUUGGAUCUGCAGACAGUUUCGAAGUGUACUUCAGAAUGCUUAUCUUGGAGAUUGAACUUGAGUGGAUACAUUCACUUGUGUCAGAAACUCUCGGUCCUGCUCGAGUCACAUCUUCUGGUGAUGGGUUUCUGUUUUGUGAGCAUUAUUUUGUCCGUCGCAACGCUGAUUACGUGCGUGACAUCACAGUCAUAUGUACAAUACCGAAUGACUAUUCGCCGUACUAUAAGAUGGAGUUCCAACUCUCCGGUGGCUCGUUUGACUGUGCCGGUACAGUGGUAGAUUUUUUGCGGGUACGGUGGUAGAUUUUAGAUUCUAGUAGAUUUUCCAAUCAAUACAGUAUGGCUGCGGUGCCGGAUCUGGACGACCAGGUCUAAACGUGAACACAAAUUACGCCAGUAAUGUCGACAUUCUGUGCGCGCAAGUGACCGGCACUACAGGCGUAGCUAUUCGUCUGCGCGCAAACUUCGUCGCCUUUUCUCGGCACCGCAAGCGCACUAUAUUGAGCAGAAAAUUUACAUACUGUAUUUCGGUAUCCUCGGAUCACUCGCUUUUGAAGUACGGUUUUACUAAGUGUGUUGAGUCAUAUCACUGAAUCUGAUCUGCUUCCAAGCCCUAUAAGAAUUUCUUUAUGUGCAGUCUAUCCGGAUUAAGUUUUAUUCCACUUUCUUCAUUCAUUUACGGAUAUUAUUCUUAGGUUUCGAGGCAUUCCCAUAGUGGUAUCUCAAGUCUAAUUUUUUUUAACUGCUCAAAGUUUUCUUCCCAUUUUUUUGAAUUGUUUUAUGAAUUUUUGGGAGUAUCAGUGCUAAUAAACAACAAUUCGGAGGUCUCAGUUUUCCAGUG